UUCCCACGUGACAAGGUUGUACAGUACGUCAAAAAUAUUGUUUCUCACUGGGUGAUACACACAUUAAGAAUGCCUGAUCGAUCCUUCAUUAUUCAAAGCGCUUUCGUUUUUGGAACGACGCUGACAAUAGGAGUGUUAACAGAGAUUAUCUAUCAAGGUUUGACAUGGUGGAGAACACGAAGGAAAGAAAAGAACCAAUUUUCAAAAGUUUUAUUCUUCCCUGACAGAGAAGUAGCUUGUAAGGCUCACUUUCAAACAAGAGAAGGCUGUAGUCAUGUAAACUGCAGAUAUUCCCACAAGGACACAUCGCUCAGUGAACUCUACAAGCACCUUGGCAGGGCUGAACACAGUCUAGAUGUGUGUGUGUUUGUGAUAUGUUGUAAGGAUCUGGCAGACAUACUGAUUCAGCUGCACAAGCAAGGGAAGAUGGUCAGGAUUAUCACGGAUGAUGAACAGAUGGAGAUGCCGGGUUCACAAAUAUGGCGAUUCAGGAAAGAAGGUAUCAGUGUUCGGACUGAUCAUUCAUCAUUCUUUAUGCACCACAAGUUUGUUAUUGUGGACAAGAAGAUUCUCAUCAAUGGUUCCUUCAACUGGACAAGGAUCGCCAUCACAGGCAACCAGGAGAAUCUGCUCAUCACAAACAACCCUGACUUUGUCGUAGCAUACCAGAAGGAGUUUGAAAAACUCUGGAAAGAAUUUGAUCCAAGAAACUUUAAUAAAUCAGACUUGCAUAGAAGGAAAAAUCAGCCGCCCAACUCUUCAACAGCUAGCUGGGACUGAUGCUAGGCUGAGCUGCAAUUUUAGCUGUCACCUUUUAGAAUUCUUAUCACAUGAUCAUUCAACUGCAGCCACUUCAUUUUUAUAUGUUUUAACCCAUUUUUACCUGUUUUAAUCACAUUGAAGGAACCUGUGAAGAUCCGGGGUAGAAUAGGUCUUCAGCAACCCAUGCUUGCUGUGAAAGGCGACUAUGCUUGUGGUAAGAGGCGACUAAAUGGAUCGGGUGGUCAGGCUCGCUGACUUUGUUG